AUGUCCGAUUCAAUAGCCUCGUAUAUUCUCAAACCGACUGCUCUUAAGGCGCUGUACUGCGGAAAUAUGGCGACGCGUGGCAUCAUGACAUACAUAAUGGCCUACCUUGGCUACAUCAACGUUGGCUAUGCCGCACUCGCGGGGCUGCGAGCUCACCGUCUGGGCGCAUCUCGUGCUGCCACCACGACGCGAGAGAUGGACCUCCUGGCCUUGACGGUGCUCGCUGUUGCGAACGGGAGUCAAGCUUGGGGUAGCUUUAUGAGAUCGAGGGGCAGUGGGAGGUGGAUCAUGGGCCAUGGAUUGGAUAGAAUCACAGUCUUGGACACCGUCUUCAUGGUCUUGGAUGCCUUGGCUGCACUGGCGUACUCGUGGAAGCAGUAG